AUGGGAAAAGAAUCGUGCAACAGGUCGUUCUAUUGCAUUUUCCUGCUUUCGCAAAUUCAAACAUCAAAUCCAAAACCAACAAAAGCUCUCUUCAAUGAUGGGAUGAAUGCUUGGAUGAGAGAUGAAGGCGCUUUAAUGCACCAUGGGAACGAAGAGAUUGUGUGGGUGAUUAAAGUUAACAAGAGUUGGAUCCACGGUACUGUUCAUGUGAUUCUGAAGAAUGUUCUGAAAGAAGAGUGGAAAACACAAAACAAAACCACAUCAUCAUUCUUCUUGUCCACAAUUUCAUUCGAUUCAUUUGUUUUACGUUUACUGACCAUCGACCAAGAAUGUUUUCUUUUCUUGAAAUUUACAUACUGUGUGACGAGUAUUGAAUUUCAACUUAAAAGGAAUUGCAGAAGAAUAAUAAUCAAACAUAAAUCAUGUCGAUGUCUUCUCUCCCUAACCCUCACAUUAGCAUCUUGA